UUUUUGAAAAACCUGGGGCAAGUACUUCAUCAUGUCCUUUGGAAGUAGCUCCAUCUCCUGCCACUUCAUUAAUGUCCGUACAACUUGACGAAGGAGUCGUUCACGAAACUUCUAAACACAGUAUGCUAUGCGCAGACAAUCCCGGGGAUAUUGCAGUAGAGGAGGAGGACAACGGAACCGACAUUGGACUUCGGCUGGUUGAGCCUGUUGCUCUGAAGCUAAGCAAACUGGAUUCCACGAAGCACCCUCAACCUAUCAUCUCAGAACUCGUUCAGAAGCAUGACCUAGGUCUCUUAAAAUUUGACACUGGUACUGGAAAAGCCGUUGUGUCUGACGCUGUACGAACGGAAAUUGUUAAACUCGGGGCCAUGUAUUUCCAAAAUCGGGAAGGACCUUUCUUGCCAACAAACAACCGAUCAAUGACUAAGAGUUGGUUUAAGAAGAAAUUAGGUGAUGGUCGUGGUGAAGAAGUCACCCGUUCGUGGCUGGCCUACUCUCCUGCCAAAAAGGCAGCAUUUUGCAUUUGUUGCCUCCUUUUUUCCCGCUCAGAUCACCUAUCAUCUUUGGAACAAGAGGGGGGAUUCACCAAAUGGAAGGCACCCGAGAAGAUCACCCUUCACGAGAAUGCAAAGAAUCACCGAAUGUGUUUCUCACAGUGGAAAGAAAUGGAAAGAAAUUUGAUGCAUACUACGGGAAUAAUUGACGCUGACCUUCAGUCACAGAUGGAGAAAGAAAAGCACAAGUGGCGUGAAAUUUUGACGAGAGUCCUCCACUGCAUAAAAUUUCUUGCUACACAGAACUUGGCAUUACGAGGGCAUCGAGAGAGUUUUCAAACCAGCCGCGAGAACAAUGUCGGAAAUUUUCUUGGUCUUUUGAAGUUAAUUGCCGUUUUUGACCCCGUUAUGAAGCAACACCUCACAUACGUUGAAAGUCAUCCAGGGUCCACUUCGUACCUAUCGCCUUCUGUACAGAAUGAAUUCAUUCACAUGAUGGCUGUCACAGUUCGCGAGUCCUUGCUGCGAAAAAUCCGUAAAGCCAAAUAUUAUGGCAUUAUGUUUGACACCACUCCCGACCAGGCACACCGUGAGCAAAUGUCAGAAGUUGUGCGAUAUGUGGAAGUUGACUUUGAUAAAAAAUCUGUUUAUGUUCAGGAGUCCUUCCUCGGCUUUAUCCAUGUAAAGAACAAAGACGCCGAGAGCUUCGUUGACGUGAUACUUGGCAAGCUGGAAGAGGACAGAAUGAACUUACAGGACUGUCGGUCACAAUGCUACGACAACGCUGCCGUGAUGGCUGGACAAAAAAGUGGUGUCAGUCAAAGAAUCGCGGAAAAAAACAAACUGGCAAUCUUUGUAAACUGCGACAACCACUCACUGAACUUGGUUGGUGUACAUGCUGCUAAGGAAGAAGCCAUGAUGAUGACUUUUUUGGGACCAUCGAAGCACUUUACGUGUUUUUUUCUCGCUCAACGUACCGUUGGGAGAAAUUAA